CCGUUCCUCUUUUCCUGUUUUGUUUAUCGUCAGCAGACGACUCCAUCGCCUUUCAAUUUUGUGACUUAGAGGAAGAAGAUUGAUAUAUUCUUGAAGACAUCUCGUUAAAAAAAAGCAUUAAUAAAAUGAAAAAAAAGGUACUUUUAAUGGGUAAAAGUGGUUCUGGGAAAACCAGCAUGAGGUCCAUCAUAUUUGCCAAUUAUAUUGCCAGAGACACUAGAAGACUUGGUGCUACAAUUGAUGUGGAACACUCCCAUGUCCGUUUUCUGGGCAAUCUAGUCCUCAAUCUUUGGGAUUGUGGUGGGCAAGAGGCUUUCAUGGAAAACUAUUUUGCCAGUCAAAGAGACAACAUUUUCCGGAAUGUUGAGGUUCUCAUUUAUGUCUUUGAUGUAGAAUCAAGAGAACUAGAAAAAGAUAUGCAUUAUUACCAGAGCUGUCUAGAGGCCAUUUUGCAAAAUUCACCAGAAGCAAAAAUCUUCUGCCUCAUCCAUAAAAUGGAUUUAGUUCAGGAAGAUCAACGGGACUUGAUAUUUCGUGAGCGUGAGGAGAAUCUUCAACGCUUGUCGAAGCCUCUCGAUUGCACAUGCUUCCGAACAUCAAUUUGGGAUGAGACUCUCUACAAGGCUUGGUCGUCCAUAGUCUAUAUGCUCAUCCCGAAUGUGAAAGAACUCGAGUGCAGUUUGACAAAUUUUGCUGAUAUCAUUGACGCGGACGAAGUUCUGCUUUUCGAAAGAGCAACUUUUCUUGUGAUAUCACAUACGGAACGCCGACCACACCGAGAUCCGCAUCGCUUUGAGAAGGUCUCCAAUAUAAUCAAACAAUUCAAAUUGAGCUGCAGUAAACUGCAGGCUCAAUUUCAAUCCAUGGAGGUGAGAAAUUCCAAUUUCGCAGCUUUCAUCGAUGUCUUUACAUCUAAUACUUACGUCAUGGUCGUUACGUCCGACUCGACCAUUCCCUCUGCAGCAACGUUGAUGAACAUGAAGAACGCUCGAAAGCAUUUUGAAAAACUAGAAAAGCUGAGCGAAAGUCAAUCUUCGAUGGGAGUCCGUUAAUUGAGACCCGGAAGGAUGUAAAUGCAUCCAAUUCAUUCAACCCUUAAAAAAAAAGGAAGGAAGAAAGAUUAAACGCAAGAAAACCUUGCCACUCAUCAUGCAUCAACUGUUUU